UUUGCCUUUCAAAUCAACAAUGCCCAGCGCGCUCGGACUUGUCUCGGUGGUCGUCCGCGACUACGACGAAGCGAUCGAGUUUUACACGAAGAAGGCCGGCUUCUACUUGGUCUGCGACGAGCGCCAGUCGGACACGAAGCGCUGGGUCGUCGUCAACCCAACGAGCGCGACAGCGACGGCCGGCGGUCUCCUCCUCGCGCAGGCCGCUGGCGACGCGCAGCUUGCGGCGAUUGGCAACCAGAGCGGCGGCCGCGUCUGGCUCUUCCUCAACACGACCGACUUUCACGAGACGUAUGAGCGCAUGAAGGCCAACGGCGUCGUCUUCUGCGAAGAGCCGCGCCACGAACUCUACGGCUGGGUCGUUGUCUGGCAGGACCUGUACGGCAACAAGUGGGACCUUCUCGAGAAGAAGAACAACUAAGACAAUCGCGCCAUCAAGCCACAGCAUACUCGAAUAUAGAUGUUCAUGCAAUCGAAAAUCUGAGAACUUAGCGGUGGCGCGACCGCUUGCUACUGUG